UUUUUUUAAACAGUGAAAAUGGACGGGAUAUUGGCGAAAAUCGACGCCGAAGAGCAACCAGUAAGAAAUAAGCUGAGACAGUUACUUUGUAAUGAAGAAAUAAACGAAUUUGAAUUGUUUAUGUCGUUGGACGAUUCAGAUUUCAUGCGUCUAAAAUUAUCGACCAGAAUCAUCAAAACCAUACAGAAAAUUCAACAGUCAGUAUCGUCUGAAGAUAUUAUAGAAGAGGAGUAUAUAGAUGAAAUUGAAGAAACUGUCGGCGAAACGGUAAACGGCGACAUCGAGCCGGACCAGCCAGAAGUUAAACAUGAAGCACAUCAAAGUUCCAGCAGUGAAACGAAUCCAUACGCCGGAAUAUCAGUGGAACAGGAAAUUGAUAUCAACAUUAUUUUUGCGAGGACAAACGAUGGAAGAGAUCUAAUGGAGGAACUCAAGGAGAACACAAAGCCGAAUGACAAAACAAUCAAACGUAUUACGCACCUGCUUUGCGAUUGUUUAAAAUCGUGUUACGGAGUGCGCGCAUCUACAUUUUACAAAAACCUUGUUGCUCAAUCGCUUGUCAAGUCAUACCCUAUUUUGGCUUCAACGGUUUCUGAAGUUCCACAUGCACUAUGGUUUUACAAAAACGGCCGUGGGGACGGGAAGCAUGCAGGAAAACUUCAUUACCAUAUGGAGUAUUUGGCCAAACGGGCAGAUGGACGCGUUUUCCAUAGAAAAAAAGAGAAAACAGUUCAGGGACACAUUGAGCUUCCAAAUACUCAACAGUCGGAAAUCGAUCUUUUCUCUAUGGUAGAGGAACUGAAAUUCGUUGUACCGACGACCGAAAACAGGAAGAAGAUCAUGAAUUUAUGGUCAUCUACAUUUGAAUACCGGUCACAGUUUCGUUCAAAUCAGGACUUCCAUUCUUUCAUCGAAGAAUUCCCCGUUACUACGGCUUUCGAUGGUGAGCUUGUGGAAUAUGAUUUCAGAAGGAUGUGGAACCAAACCGUGGAGUUUGUUGAGCAGUGGAACACGUGGCAGCAUAAGAUACUUAAGUCGUACAAACAUUUGUACCGAGAAAUUUCCAACGAUUUCUUGAGAGCGUUGGCAAUUAUCCGUACUAAGAAUCCAACUCGCGGUUCAAAGCGUGUGCGUGACGAAAGAUCUUCGGAGGACAAUCCCAUGAAUGGGUUGAUUUACUGGAUUAAGCUGGAUGACCCACUUCCUGUGUGUUAUGAGGUUCCGGUUUUGAUCAUAAGAGGAAAUCUCAUGACAGAAGGAGAACAACAUUUCGUUUCCUGGGAUAGCGUCAACAUGCCUGUCGGUGAUAACAUCGUGCGGGCUUUCAGCAUGUUUUGUCAAUGCUUUGAUGUAUUUGGCAUUCCAUGCGCACCAAGCGACAAACAGUUUAUGAUGUUUUUCCGGGAAUAA